CGGCGGCGUGAGGGCGGCGGGCCGGGGCCGGGGCCGGGGGCCGGAGCCAUGGGGCGGAGGCGGGCGCUGGUCAGCGCGCUCAGCCUGUGCCUCAGCCUGUGCGCCCUGGGGCUGCUGCUCACCGCCCUCCUCACCGACCACUGGUACGAGACCGACCCCCGGCGGCACCGCGCCGGCUGCGAGCGCCGCGCCCAGCGCCCCCGCCCGCUGCCCCUGCCCCUGCGCCGCCGCCCCCCGCGCCGCGCCGGGCCGCCCCCCGGCCCCGAGCCCGCUCGCCGCCCCCCGGCGCUGCCGGGGCUGGGCGUGCUGCAGUCCGGCUGCGCCCGCCCGCUCUUCGCCAGCUACGCCGGCCUGUGGAGGAAAUGCUACUCCCCGGGCAUCGACCCGCACCUGGACAGCCUGGUGGAGAGAGGUAUUGUUCAGAGAUGCACAGCUAUCAAAUACCACUUCUCCCAGCCAAUGCGCUUACGAAACAUUCCGUUCAAUUUAACCAAGACCAUCCAGCAAGAUGAGUGGCAUCUGCUUCAUUUAAGAAGAAUCACGGCUGGUUUUCUGGGCAUGGCAGCUGCUGUUCUUCUCUGUGGAUGCAUUGUAGCGGCAGUCAGUUUCUUUUGGGAGGAAAGCCUCACACAGCAUGUGGCAGGCCUUCUAUUCCUUAUGACAGGAAUAUUUUGCACUAUUUCUCUGUGCACUUAUGCAGCAAGUAUAUCAUAUGAUCUAAACCGCCUACCAACAUUCAUAUACAGUCUUCCUAAUGAUGUGGAACAUGGAUACAGCUGGUCUAUGUUUUGUGCAUGGUGCAGUUUAGGAUUUAUAGUAGCAGCAGGAUGUCUUUGCGCUGCUUAUCCAUUCGUUCACAGGACCAAGAUUAUUAAUCUAAAGUCUGCCAGAAACUCUUCUGUAUGACUGAUUCUCAGAAGAUGGUCUUCUCUAGCCUUGUUCAGUGACAGGCGAACAAUAUUGUUCAAGGACUUACCCCAACAAAGAAAAAAGUGAAAGGAAAGUUACAUUCAGGAUUCGAUGCACCAAUACCUACCUGAUCCUUCAAAAUCUACUAGUCAGGAAACAAGAGAAGUUCUGUUUCCUAGCAGACUGAAAUCAAAUAGAGGAAACACCUUCCCAAGGACAAAAAUAGUGGGGGUAUUAACUGCUUCAGUCAAUAUACUGUGUAUACAUGUGUCUGAAAGGAGAUGAGGCUAUUCACACAGGAAAAGAGAAGGAAAAGCUGUGAUGAGAAUUUAGGGCUAUUUCUAUUUUUCAAAUGUUUGUACAUAAAGUAACUUAUCAGAGGGGAAAAAAAAUCAUUGCCAAAUGAAUCUUAGUCAGAAAAAAAAUGUUUUUCUUUCCCUAGGAUCAUACUUAAUACACUUUAAUGCAGCUUCUUCUGAACUUUAAUUUAGGGGAGGUUUGUUAGUUUGUUUUUUGCUGUCAGAUAGACCCAGUCUCUGUCCAUGUACCCCCUAUGAAUGUUCUUUGUCAAAACAAGAUUCCUGCUUGGUUUUAUUUCCCUUUGUACUUUAUAAGUAACCAAAAAAUGUUUAUUGCUUAUAUAGAUGAGAGAUUCAUCCAUUCCCACUGAUAUUGUUAGAAGUCACCUCUGUUGUGAAGCUUCGGCAUCUUUGUGUUAAACUACAAUUCAGUAGUAAAACACCUCCCUCUACGAACA